AUGUCGUCCCACUCCCCACAGGAGCGAACCACGGAAUUCAGCCAGCUAGAACAACUGUCUGCACCAAAAUGCUCAACCUGUCAACUUGCCAGUAACAAGAUGACUGUCCCCUUGUACCACGUAUGUCGAGUAUUCAGAAAGGUUCGUUUGGGUCCAACCCUUCAUGGGGCUGGCUUCGGGACUUCAGGUCAAUCUGUCAACUUUGAUAUGCCACCCCAACAAACCCGCCAUGACAAUGAGGAUGCCCCGUUCCUACCAAAGUCCACUUCCGUCACCGAGUUACCGGCUCGUUCAAGCGAGGACUCCCAUAAGCCCAGCACCUCGCAGAGGAGAGUCCGCAAGCGACUCAUUAUCGCUCUUUUCGCCAUUGUUCUAGCCUUUGAGACUGGCGGAGCCAUGCUAGGUGCGCCCAUAACACGCCUAUUCGAGUCGAUAACUUGCCUGCGCUACUACGAGGAGCACGACCCCACAAUUAUAGGGAAGAAUGGAUAUAUUCCCGAGAAGUCAUGCAAGAAUAAAGAGAUUCAAGGCGAAGUUGCAAUUGUGAAGGGUUACGGAGAGCUUUUUGACGCGAUGGCUGGGGUCAUUCUUUCGAUACCGUAUGGCUUAUUGGCAGACAAGUACGGCCGAAAACCGAUAUUUUGUCUCUGCAUUCCUGGGUUUUUCGUGAACAUGCUUGUUGUUGGCGUUGUAUUAUUCGGGGUGGCCAUAAUGGUGGCCGAUUUCAUUUCUUCACUGGUUACCUCGUGGCUCAUGAAGUACAAUCCCUGGAUUCCGAUCACAAUAGGAUGGGGCCUUACAAUCCUUGGCACCCUUCCCGCGCUUCUAUUACCAGAAACAAAAGGGACGUUUGCAUCUGGGGGAGAAGGAACUCAUGAACUUUGCGAACCACCUGAAGACAACAGAGCUAUCCAUCUCUCUCUCCCCGCUGAGCAACCACAUUCCAUCAACCAACCCCCUUUCCUCUCACGACUCGGGCGGACGGCCUCCCAGUUCAACUUCAUCGUCCACGAUAAACACCUCAUGUUUCUCGUUUCCGCGUUCCUCGUCUACAGACUCAGCCGUGGCACAGCAUGGCUGCUCAUACAAUACAUAUCCAAGCGCUACCAAUGGACCCUAGCAAACGCGAAUUUCUUAACGUCCUUCAAAUCCAUCCUGACCAUAUUCCUCUUCGUCGGUGUUCUCCCGCUCGCGUCGUGGUACCUAACCGCGCGGCGGGGCGUACACUACCGUGAAAAGGACCUCGCCCUCGCCAAAGCCAGCGUCAUCCUCCUCGUUGUUGGUACACUCGUCAUGGGGCUCUCGCCCUCCAUAGGCCUGUUUAUUGUCGGACUCGUGGUGCAGACGUUGGGGAUCGGGUUCGUGUUUAUCGUGCGGUCCCUCGCCACUAUGAUGGUUCGGAGGGACCAGACCGCUCGGCUGUACACCGCGAUAGAAAUCUUGCAGAGCGUCGGGGUGGCGAUUGCCAGCCCAACGGUGACGCUGUUUUUCAACUGGGGUUUAGACUUGGGAGGGGGUUGGGUGGGGUUGCCGUGGGUUGUGGCGUCGGGCCUGUUUGGGGUGACGGCAGUACUGCUGUGGAUGUAUAGACUGCCCUCUUCUCCGAAGCUAUAUACGGUAGAAAACCCAAUUCCCCUCUGA